UACUAGUUUUUUUUUUUAUUUGCACAACAAUGUGACAAGUUCCGUGCAACAUUGUAUCACCAGUUCAGAGCCCAGCAAGCUGUGCCACAGAGAUCAGGAUGCCAGGCUGAUGCCCCCAAAACCUGAUUUAUUUUACUAAUGAUGGAAGAUGGAAGAUGUGUAUGGAUGCCAGCCCAUCUCAGGAGUCACCAUUGUGUCAUGCUGCUCAUCCUAGUUUUUUAUGGGACUUUUCUGCACUUUGCCAGGACUUCCAGGAUGACUGGCACCCCCUUGUUAAAUGGGCACCAGAUCAAGAUAUAUCAGAGAAGCACUGAGGAAUCCAAAGUCCUUAGUGAUGCUAGAUCACCCUGUGCCACUUCUAAUUGUGAGGUCCUGUACAGAAAAUCUGGAGAUAGCCUGGUGGUUCAGAGCUUGGUAGAGCUUCAUAGACCAAUGGUGUCUAAGGAUUUACUAGCAUCUAAUAAAGCUAUUUACCCGGGGCAGAAACUGAUGCCAAAUGGGAUAUUAGACUUAAAUGGAAGAUCAGCAUCCUCUGACAACUUGUCAACUCAGCCAUCCUGGAUGAAAAGACUAUAUAAAAGAGCAGCACCGACCUACAAUUCCCAACCUCGGAAUAUUGUCUUAUCUAACAUUGGAGGUGUGACUUUCCAGAAAUGUGCAACUAUAAAAGACCAGCAAACAGCUUACAUUGCACUGAUCAUGAACAACACCGGCUUGUCGUCCCCUGCAAUCAAUAUAUCUAAUAUCAGCGUCCUAGACAACGUCACUGGCCUGCUUAUACAAGACACCAGCUCUAACCCAAGCAGCUCUGUUACAGGGAUGCAGACCUUCCAAAAAGACUCUCUCAGAGCUGAAGACGUCUUCCAAGUAUCAUACACUGCGUCACUAAACACAAAAGAGGCCAAGAACGGGCUGGCGUUCUCCCUUCCCGCUGUGUUAACCUUUCAGAAUUCUUCAGAGAUCUCUGGUGCAACAUAUUCUAUUGUGGCCCCUUUCUCUGUCACCGCCAAGGAAGUCUCAAAUGUUCUGCCUGACCAUGGUCUUCACGGAGCUGGAUUUGUCAUUGCCUUCCUUGUAUCGUUCUUAUUGACAUGUGCUGUGUUUGCCCUCCUUUACCACACCAAGUGGUUAAAAUGGAGAAUGCCCGGAAAAUCACGUCAAAUUAACAGCAUGCAAAAAAGUGAAUCCCCAGCCAAAUCAUCCGAUGGUGCUCCAGAAGAAAUGACUGGGAUUGACCGCUUGAUUGACAUAAUAUGCUUUGAAGAGGCAGAAAACCUGCUGCAAGCACUGGAAGACUCGGAGAUAGGUAAUAUGAUGCAGGCAGACACUAGUUUAGAGGCUUGUCGAGUCCAGGUCUACAAAGAUGUGACUGGGAUACUACUGAGAAGUAUGGCAGAGACAGGGGACCUCUCUCCUCUUGAGGAGAAGAGAAUGAAUAUGAUCUUAAGAGGCCACUGGACGGACCUGGAGAAGAGAACACAGGAGGAACAUCAGAGGAAGCUGGUAGCUUUGACCGCAGAAUGUAAUCUGGAUAGUAAGAAGCAAAUAGACGCUCAGAUUCGCAAGCAAAAAGAGGCAAUGGAAGAGGCGGAGGGGAUCCUGAAGAAUUCUGGGGAAAAGCCUUUGGUUGAAUACAGAUCACUUCUUGACAAGCUCCAUGGCCUUGAGAAGACUGAAAUGAAGAGAAUGUUUUUAAAUAGGCAAGAAGAAGAGUUUGCAAAGUCCUACAGACAACUGAACGUCACUCACAGAUCUGAGCUCCAUAAAAUGUUCUUUGACCAAGUUUCAAGUUUAGUCAAAACUAAACCCGAAAUGCAGAAAACUCUGCUUGAGCACUAUCUGAAGACCCAGGAAGAGACAGAAGAUCUUUUAGAUUUCUUGCAUGCUACCAAAAAACAUCACAUGAACAAAAGAUUUGCUGUACGAAAGAACUUGUUAUACAACCUCCAGCUAAGUGACAGCCGCUCACGAUGUGUUUUGAACUCAGCAGCUACACAGAUUGCAAACCUUAUUAACAGGAGCGAAAGGGCCGGGCACCUAAGUGACUCUCAGGUACAGAUAUUAUUGGAAAAGGCCCAGACAGAAGUUCUUAGAGUAAAGCAGAAGUUAGAAAACAAUUUGAAACAAGAAACACGCAAAAUGUACCAGAAAUGGAGCAACAAGCGAAGCCGAAACAUUGCACAGAAGCUAAAGGAACAGAAGAAGGAGCUGAGCGCAAUACAGGAGGUCGCUAAGUACUCUAAGGAAGUGCAGUCCUAUUUGGAACACUGGAGGAAGCUGUUUGCUAAUCAUUGCCGGGAGCUUGAAGAGCUCUAUGAGAAGCACGAUAAUGACGCCACUGACGAAUUAAAGGAGAUUAAAUACAGCCUGACCGAGAAGGCAAUUGAAGAUCUCAGACACGUCCAAAGUGCUGUAAUUAUACAAGAAAUGUUAAAGCACAAUGUGCCCAGACCGCAUCUCCAACAAGUGCUAGAUGAACACAAGAGAGAGAUGGCACUCCUAGCCCAGCAACUAGAGAAGGAGGAAAGCGACAAAGCAGCCGAGUCAAGAGCAUCUCUGGAGAGUACCAUGCGGAAACAGGAUGAUGAAUUCAAAGUCAGUCUCAAGGAGCAAAAGAAUCUAAGAAACUGGGAACAGCUGUUAUUCACGAAGGUCCUCCUGUUACAUCUAUGUGUGUCCGAGGAUGAUGUGCAGAAGACAAAACUGGAGUUCCACUCCAGCUAUUCUCAGAUGGAUAUUACUUUAGCCCUCCCAAAAAUUAAAAGCAGAAUUCUUCUCCAAAAAUACCUGAAUGACUGGAGAAAUGUAGAGCUGCAAAAAGUGGACCAAAGUUUACAAGAAAAAGAGAAAAAGUCAGGUUCAAAGACGACAAAACAUCCUCAGGACAGAGCGGCAGAAAUGGUGAAGAAAUCUGUGGAGGAUAAAGUCCUGAUUUAUGAAGCACAAAUUGCAGAUGACAAGAUUAAGCAGGCCAGAGCAGAGUUACUACUACAACGAGUGCAUCAGUUAAAGGCGAGAGAAUAUAAACUGGGGGAAUAUAUAACGUUCCUACAGUUCCAGGCUGUUCGCAACAAAGCGAAGAGCCUGGAAAUCCACAUGGCAGUCCUGGAACUGCAGUCCCUGUUAGUUAAAGAAAAGAGCAGAUCCUGUAUCACUUCAGAAUAUGAACAACUUCUACAGACUCUGAAUCAGGAAAUAAGAGAAUUGGACAAGGCUAAAGAAUCCUGGAGUAGAAAUGAGCCAGUAGUCAGUAGAAUUCUGGAAGAAGAUCCAUCUUCUGUUACUGUAGACAUCACUGGGGAAGCAGAGGGCAUGCCUGUGUCAGCGACUCUACGCAAGGCCCUUAACAGGAGGAAGUGUAUACUAAAUCUCUGUAGAGACAGAAUGUACAGGGAAGAAAUUGAGUAUGCUCAAGGGGAACACCAAGAGGAGAAAGCGCAAAUGGACUCACUGCUGAGGCUCCACAAUCAGGACAUCCGAUUGGCAGCUUAUCUGACUAAACGAUCCGCCGUACCGGAGGGGAUGCUGCAGCGAGUCCUCAACCUAUUGCUUCCCUCCAGCCCCGAGAGUGAAGUCUCUUCCCUUCUAUAUUCAGUAGGUCAUAAAUAUUCAGACAGUGUUACCGAGACUGACAACAAUGAGGAUGGAGCUGACAGCUGGAGGAGGAGAAAACAGCAGGAAUUGUGGACGGUUCUUGAGAAGCGGAUGAGGGAAGGUCUGCUAAACACCGAUGAGGACAAAAGUCCAUUGUCUGCAAGAAAGAAACGAAGCAUCCUGAAAAAGAAGAGAUUGCGGCCGGUGAAGCGUGUCUCCUUUUCACACUCAGACAGUCUCUCCAAGCUCCUGCAGGCCGGCCCACGCUCUGACCAGUUUGGAAGCGCAGAAGCUUUAAGCAUCUUGGAUACUGGAGAAAGACUGUUUAUUUUCCGAGCUCCUAGUGUUUCUCCCACUCCUCAAUCUAAGCGUAAAAAAAAGAGGAACUUUCUCAACUCCAAGAAGUCCAGUGCUGUUUCGACUUAGCAAUAAAGAGUUAAAUAUUUUAUUUUUGCUAAUAUAUAUAAGGUAUAUCUUCUUUUAAAAAAAAAAUGUAAGCAACGGUAAAUUGUUGUUUUUGUAAAUGUGUACAUAGAGAAAAUCUGAUUAAAAUUGUACAUGAAUGAUGGAAAUGCGGAGUCUAAUGCGAUAUCUUGAUUACACAGGUGUGAAUAUUUUGAAC